AUGUCGUCGGCAUCAGGCCAGUCCUCUAACCUGUCGAAAUCGGUGAAUACCCAAAUCCAGUCUGCGCCUGCACCCACAGCUCAGGCAUAUACCGGCAACCCCGACUCCAACUCGCAGCGCAGGGGCGUUGGGAACCCCGGGGCGCUUCGGAACUCGUCGGUACCAAAAGCCAACCAAGCUCGCAGGCAGCAGCACAAACGUCACCGUCGGCCGCGUUUGGUAGAUGAGGAUGCGUUUGCGGAGUCUGUUGCAGUGAGAAACACCAUGAGUCGCAAAGGCCAGACGUCCAUCACCCACCUUAUGAACUUUUCUCUCCCUCCGCGCCCACACGCUCAUCAGCACUAUGCACCCUCUCGGCCACCUCCUCGCCGUAGUUAUGGAUUGGGACUUCGCUCGGGUGCCGUGGACAAAGCCAGAUAUGUUCAUGCCAACUAUCGAUUCAUAGUAGAUCCGACAAAAGACUACUAUGCGCAAGCAGCGGACGCGAAUCGCCAUCUUGAUUGGAACACCGUUUUACAGGUUCUGGUCUCGUCCCAAACCCAACAGACUUCCUGUCCGAUCUGCCUCUCCACCCCUGUCGCGCCACGAAUGGCUAAAUGUGGUCAUGUUUUCUGCCUCCCAUGUCUUAUUCGGUACAUGAAUUCCGUUGAUGACUCGAAUCCGGUAUUUGAGAAGAAGGCGAGGUGGAAAAAAUGCCCAAUCUGCUGGGAUGCUAUCUACAUUUCAGAUACCCGUUGCGUUGCAUGGUACGCUGGACAGCAAGUUGACCUGCUCAUGGAGGGAGGUGAUGUCCUGCUAAGAUUGAUCUGGAGGAUGCCCAGGAGCACUCUCGCUCUCCCGUGUGACGGUGCUGUUCUUGGACCAGAGGAAGAUAUUCCAUGGUACCAUAUUGCCGAUGUACCUGAUUACGCUCGCAUUAUGAAGGGUGGUGAAGAUUACAUGAUGUCACACUACGAUCAGGAGAUCGAGGAUCUUGGAAGGUUGGAGCAUGAGGAUGAGUUGCUUUUUGGGGAAGAUUCAACUUGGACUCAAAAAGCGAUUUCAGCAAUCAAGGACGCGAAAGAGAAAAUUAGAGGAAUCGGAAACCCGCCCGAGUUGUCUAGGGAACUGGUCGAGCGGCGACCAGCACGAUCACAGCGAUCGUGUGAAGAAUCGGUGGGCGACGCUCCCGAUAUGUAUUUGAUCGAACGUUCGAUUAAAUCGGGAAGUACCCCAGCAAGCCCUGCUGUCACUCCUUUGACUACUGAAACUGGUAAGCCCAGUGUCAGUCAGUCAGACACGAAUGGAGUAUCCGACAUCUGUUCAGGCCUUUCGACACUAUCUGUCCUCUCGAAUGAGGUUGUUACUAGCACCACGCCCGAAAAACUUCAUUCGCCUGGUCUACUACGCGGUGCUGAGAAGUCGAAGUACUCCAAUCUGCCGUAUUACUUUUAUCAAGCUCUCCCUCAUUUUUAUCUUUCGCCUUUGGACAUUCGCAUAUUGAAAGCCGAAUUCGGCGACUUUUCACAAUUUCCUUCUACAAUUUUGCCCCGUGUCGAACACAUCUCAACGGGCCAUAUUGUUGACGAUGAACUACUAAACCGUAUGAAGUAUCUCAACCACCUGCCUUAUGGCUGCGAGGUAAGUUUCUUGGAAUGCGAUUGGACAGAUCUUGUGAGCCCCUCGAAUCUCGAGAAGUUUGCGCCAGAGAUCAAUCGCCGUCGAAAGCGCAAUGUGGACAAGGCCACCCGAGAGGAAAAGGAACGUAUUCGGGCCGAGAAAGAGGAAGACGAAAAACGAUGGGCCACCGCUCGAAGGAAACGGUCGAGUAUAAGUGCCCCAUCCAACCAGCCGUUUUCCGAUAGUGAUUUCCUGCCUCUAAUCACGCCGUCGAAGGUUGAAGCAGCUGCCUCAGAGUCAGACACAGUUGCUUCUCCUCCCUUCGGACCCUCUCGCGGCGAAGAGCACCCAUCAUUUGCUGCGCUUGCUUCUCCAUCCAGCAGUCCCCCCACUCAUAGAACAGUGUGGGGUACGACAGCCGUUGGUCCCAGCCCAGAGCCGCUUGCCCAGCCUAGCCAGACUCAAGGCGAUGAUGGGUGGCUCCAAGACUGGGAAAGAGAGCUUUUGCUUGCUGAACAAGAAGGAAUCCUCGCGCAGGUCGAGGAGGCUGCUACACCCAGCAGUGGUAAAAAGAAGAAAACAAAGAAGAUCACACUGAUGUCAACUAAUGCUAGACGUGCAGCUUGA